ACAUCUACGGCCACUGGCUCAGCUAGCAACUCCCCAAAAAAUUCGCCGCACAAAAAGAAAAACAAGAAAGAGGAUGAGCCUGAGGUCAAAGUGGAUGACGAUGGGUGGCAGGUCUAUGAUCCGGCAAAGUUCGAAUCAACAGAAGAUUCAAAUCACGCACCUGCAGUGCCGGCGGUGGAACUUAGUGAUAUUGGAGCCAUAUCAUCAUCAGUUUAUGAGGAGCUACCGGCGCAUAUCAAAGCGGAGCUGGCGCAUUUCCACAAACUGGAGCAAGCAAAGCGCUUGAAAGCCGCUGCUGGCGAACGCGACAAGAAACCUGGUGCUAAGAAACGUGCUCCUAAAAGCAACGUGAAGGAGCCACCUGUUAAGAAGAAGUUGGAUGAAUUUUUCAAAAAAGAAAAAUGA